AUGACUGAACAGACACCUAAAGUACUCAAGCUUAAGACUUUGUCCCCGCCUUCGUUUCAACUGAUGCCUUUCUGGCCCGACAACAUCGAAGCCUGGUUUUGCUACGCAGAAGCCGACUUCUCCGAGCACGGCGUGAUCGACACACGUGCGCAAUUCCUCGCAGUAGUCAAGGCACUACCGCGCGAAUUCAACAGGUACGUAACACCUAGUAUGUUUACUAGUGAUGUUUCCGAUCCUUACGAAAUCUUAAAACGCUCGAUUCUUAAACGAGGAGACCUAACCGAUCGACAAAGGUUAGAUCAACUCUUCAACAAUAUCGACCUGCAACACGGUUCUGCGACGGACAUGUUGCAACGGAUGAGAGAGGUAAUAGGCCCAAGAACUUUCGACGAAGGCCUAUUCAAACAACUCUUCUUGUCAAAACUUCCCCAACAGGUGCAAGCAGUUCUGGUCUCGUUCCAGAACAAUGCUUUAGACGAGCUAGCUGCAUCUGCCGACCGCAUUUUAGAAAUUACGAAAUCUACUACCGAGGUAUUUUUAG